CACCCACACGACAAAAGCACUCUACCGGCGUGAGAAAAAGGAGCUUGUGCAGUAAGAUGCUCCUUUAUGGUAGGAGGCUGCCCGUGCACUCCAUCAUUCGGGAUCGUAAGUCAAGGGGAAAAAAAAAAAAAGAAUGAGACCAAACAUAGUUUUAUUUGGAGAUUCAAUAACAGAACAAUCAUUUAGAUAUGGCGGCUGGGGUGCUUCUCUUGCUGAUGCCUACUCUCGCAAGGCCGAUGUUUUAGUUCGUGGGUAUGGUGGGUACAACACCAGAUGGGCUUUGUUCUUGUUGCAUCAUCUCUUCCCUCUUGACUCAAAGAAACCUCCAGUUGCUACUACAAUUUUCUUUGGGGCUAAUGAUGCUGCUCUUCUAGGGAGAACCAGUGAAAGGCAGCACGUCCCCAUAGAAGAGUACAAGGAGAACCUCGGAAAAAUUGUAAACCAUUUGAAGGAAUGCUCACCCACCAUGCUUAUUGUGCUUAUAACUCCACCACCUAUUGAUGAGGAAGGACGAAUGGAAUAUGCUCGAGCAACCUAUGGUGAGAAAGCAAUGACAUCACCAGAACGAACAAAUGAAGUGGCUGGAGUCUAUGCAAGGGGGUGUGUUGAGUUAGCUCGGGAACUGGAUCUCCGAUCCAUCAAUCUAUGGUCCAAGAUGCAGGAAACAGAUGGUUGGCAGAAAAAAUAUCUGAGUGAUGGAUUACAUCUGACACCAGAAGGCAAUGCAGUAGUCUUCCGGGAAGUUGCGAGGGUUUUCUGUGAAGCAUGGCUUAGCGCUGCAGAAAUGCCAUAUGAUUUUCCUCACCACUCAGAAAUUGAUGGGAAGAAUCCAGAGAAGGCUUUUCAGCAGAAAUGCUUGUAAUUUGCCACUAAUAAUACAAGUGUGCUUGUACACUUACAUUGCAGCUGGAAAUAUUUGGCCAUUUGGAUGCACUGUACUUUGUUUAGAAAUUCAUCAAGCUGUUGCAUUAACGGCUUCAAUUUAUUGAACUGCAUUAUUAAAAUUAUUGGAAAUGAAAAUCUUCUUUUGAUAUUGGAGAUGAAAUCUUAAUCAAAACUUUGAG